AUGAUUGGAAAAGUAUUCACAGCAGCCGUCUUGUGGGCGACGGCGGCCUCUGCCGCAUUCCAUCCCAUGCGCACGCCGGCUCCGAACCCAGCUGCGGCGGCCGCGACCACACCAACAAUCACAGCCGUCACUGACUGUCAUUUGCACGGCGCCUCAGAGCUGUAUGUCAUCUCUCGAGUUUAUGGAAAACAAGUACUGAUGCCGUCUAGGUACUGCGUGAAUGGCGCCACAGAAUAUCUCAUGCAAACAACGCCUACACAAACCACCAACCUACCAGCCAGCUUCACAGGAUGCCAUGCCCACGGAGCAGAUCUGUACUGCUUCGGGCCUGGCGGCGAGGACAUCUUCGCCAAGGCUGAGGGCGGCGGCGCUGAGCAGCCCGCCGGAGACAAGGACCAUACUGACGAGUCCGGCGGCAACGUCCACUGCCACUCCCACGCCGGUGUCGAACACUGUGUCGGCGAGGGCGAGGGAGAGACGGCGCCCCAGUGCGACGCCCCAAAGCGCGACUACAACAUUGGUCUGCGCGUCGGUCUCCUCUUCGCCAUCAUGGCCACGAGCGCGCUGGGCGUCUUUGGUCCGCUGUUUUUGCAGCGCGCCAUGGGCAGGCACAUGACGCUCCUCUUCACCUUUCUCAAGCAGUUUGGCACGGGCAUUGUCAUUUCCACCGCCUUUGUCCACUUGUAUACGCACGCCUCGCUCAUGUUCAACAAUAAGUGUCUCGGUGAUUUGGGCUACGAGUCUGUGACGUCGGCGAUUGUUAUGGCCGGUCUGUUCCUCUCGUUUAUCGUCGAGUACAUUGGCCACCGCAUCGUCCUGUCCAAGGAAAAGGCCGUGGCGGCGCUCUCGAUGGAGGAAAAGUCUCAGUCCAUCUUUUCCGCCGAAGUAGUCACUAUUCUUGUCUUGGAGGCUGGUAUUCUCUUCCACUCUCUUUUGAUCGGUCUCACCCUUGUUGUCGCGGCCGAUCAGUACUUCAUCACACUCUUCGUCGUCAUUCUAUUCCAUCAGAUCUUUGAGGGUCUCGCUCUCGGCACCCGUAUCGCCACCAUUGGCACGACCCGCGACCUGCACAGUCAUAACGGAAACGCCGCGGAUGGCAACAACAGCCCGUCCAACGUCGGGCCCGCAACAUCGCACACGGCCCUGCUCCCGCACCAGACGACCGGUCUGUCCCUGCGUAAAAAGAUGGGACUGGCCUCGCUCUUUGCGUUUGUCACGCCGCUCGGCAUGGCCAUUGGUAUCGGCGUGCUCAAGACGUUCAACGGCAACGACCCCUCGACCAUCAUCGCCAUUGGUACCCUCGACGCCCUGUCGGCCGGCAUUCUCAUCUGGGUCGGUGUCGUAGAGAUGUGGGCGGGCGACUGGAUGGUGGGCUCGCAUGGGGCCAAGGCGGAGCUGUCAGACGCGAAUGCGCUCACGGUGGGCAUCGCCGGCUUCGGCUUGGUUGGCGGACUGGUGGUGAUGAGUGUGCUGGGCAAGUGGGCGUAA